AGCAGCUUGCACAUGCAAGUAUGUAUGUGCUUUCGUCCUUUUCUUAACCUCUUGUCUCCUAUAAAACCCACCUAAACGUUUCCAUGUUUAUGUAUAUCCCAAAGCUCGAGAGAAAACAGAAGAAAAUAUUUUUAAAACACCAGAAUCAAAGUAGAAGAGAUGAUGAAGUUCAAGUCUAAGAGGUUUGGGAUUAGAUUUGGUUUCGGUAAAAGAACCAACAACAAAGUCAUACAAGAAGAUCAACAACAAAAGGGAUUUGGUAAUAGCAACAACAAUAGUAGCUGCUGCAAUAACGAAAUCAAAUGGGAACUUAGACCAGGAGGUAUGCUUGUGCAAAAAAGACAAGAGAGCAUUGGCGAAGACUUGAUCUCCAUUAGAGUCUCUACUUUUGCUAAUUUCCAUGAUCUCUCCAUUGAAGCAACCUCCACUUUUGGAGAGCUUAAGAUGGUACUAUCACUGCUUACCGGUUUGGAGCCAAAACAACAAAGGCUAUUAUUCAAAGGGAAAGAAAGAGAGGAUGAUGAAUAUCUACACAUGGUUGGUGUUGGAGAUAAAGACAAAGUGCUGUUGUUAGAAGAUCCUGCCUUCAAAGAGAAAAGGCUUCUUGAUCAUAACAACAUUCCCACUUCUUGUCCCACUAUAAUCGUAUAAAACAACUAAAGAGUUUGCUAAAUUAGUUGUUUGUUCAGUCAAAAAAAAAGUUAGUUGUCUGUUAACUUCUUGGUAAAAUAUAAAAGCAGCCAAGAAUAGUUACUAGAUAGGAUUGUCAUGCAUAAUAAUGCACUACAUUGAUUAUAUAAACUACUAUUUCGAAUUUGUAAAACUAAUGUUUACAUGUUGUAAUAUAUUUUAAGGUUUUCAGAGAGUUUCGUACUUUUAGUUUGUUUUAUUUAACUGAGUUAUUUAAUUA